AAACACAGAGAUUACAUAUAAAAGACCAAUUAAACCAACUUCACCUUUCUUAAGAAACAAACAACGUCAGUGCAAAAUUAACAAGAUAAUGAUGGGAAGAUCAUCUACCAGCGACGAAAACGGGCUCAAGAAGGGUCCAUGGACUCCAGAAGAGGAUCAGAAGCUUGUCGACUACAUUGAACGUAAUGGACAUGGGAGUUGGAGAGCGUUGCCUUCACUUGCAGGUCUGAAUAGGUGCGGCAAGAGUUGUCGUUUGAGGUGGACUAAUUAUCUCCGUCCAGAUAUCAAGCGAGGCAAUUUUACCGAAGACGAAGAGAAGCUCAUCAUACACCUCCAUUCCCAUCUGGGAAACAAGUGGUCUUCAAUAGCAACGCAUCUUCCAGGAAGAACUGAUAACGAGAUCAAGAAUUACUGGAACACCCAUCUGAAGAAAAAACUGCUCCAAAUGGGAAUCGAUCCAGUCACACACCAGCCAAGAACCGACCAUCUCGACAUCCUUGCUAAUCUGCCACAACUUCUAGCCAUUGCUGCCAACAACUUAGGUGCUACAAAUCUCUUCAAUCCCACCUUCGAUAUGAAUCUAAAUGCCUUAGUGUCGCAAUCUGAUGCCACCCAAAUCGCAAAAUUUCAGUUGCUUCAAAACAUACUCCAAGUCUUGAGCACCAACAGUACUCCUACUAAUACUUCCUCAAUACCACAAAACCUUGACCCUUUUUACGCUGUUCAGCUAUCAGAAUACCUUAGGUUAAACCCUCAACAUCUGCAAAACCUUCAAGAUUUAGCCAUGAAUAUAGCUCCAUCAACUCCAAAUUUACAUCCAUUUGGGACCCAUGAUUUCAUUUCACCGAGUUUUCCAAACCUAGACUUGGACCAUGAUCAGGGUUCAAAAGUAUUUAGCGGACAUGAUUGUCGAACAAAUGGAAUUACUCUCGGGAAAGAAGAGUAUGUUGGUUUUGAAUCUAUUCCACCGCUAGUGCCAGCCUCACCUCAGCAUCUCAGUCACAGUAAUGGUGGCAACGGGCAGAGUCCGGGAGGUGAUGUGAAUACUGAUCAAUUAGGAAGCAGUAGCAUUCUGAAACAAAGUGAUCAUCUUUCCUCGUCUAAUCCGACAUCUACUUCAACUACUUUAGAUCCUAAUUGGCAAGAGUUUAUGGAUGAUGAAGCGAGUGGUUGUUAUUGGAAAGAGAUCAUCGAGCGGGGGUCUCCACCAUGGUCGUAAAGAGGAUUGCUUUGUAUCAUACAGAGACAAGAAAUCUAGGAACAUUUUGUGAAAAAAUUAAUAAUAGAAGUGUUUGGUUUGAUGGGUUGUUUUCUUGAUGUAAAGUUAUACCAUAUUAACGUUGUCAAUGUACAUAAGACACGACCAUACAUUUAUACAAAAAUAUUC